CGUAAGUCUCGUCAAAUGGGAGAUGGUUGGAAGGAAUCCCCGGCCCAAACCGCACUUUUGACAUGUCACAUUUGUCCAUCACUUGCAUUGGUUGUCCAUCACUACAAACAACCGGAAAUCCGGAAAUCCGCUGCGCAUGACCAUGUUCAAGGUCAGCUAGCCCGCCAUUCGGUCAACGGAAGAGGCAGGAGUAUCCAUACCGCUAUUAGCAUAUGGAAGGAACGGCUCGCAAAGCCGCACCGUCGAGGCCGAGGUAUCCAUCCAAGUUCACCUGCAACAGUAGGCGUGCCGAGAGUUAGGAGCAAGGCUCGGCGCGCUAAUAAGAGUCGAAGAAUAAGUCACGCCCUGCGGUUUUCCCCAGCCCUGAAGACACAUUAGCUCGCAGCCUUACUUUUCAGGACUCAGGUCGGAUGGGAUGGAGUCCGUCGAAGCAUCCGAGAACCACCUGCCUCAAUGGCAGAGCACUCUAGCAAGAUGCCUUGAGGGUCAUGAACCAUAUGACAUCAAGGAAAUAUCCGAGACUGAAACACACGCACAGGACGUGCGCAAGUUUCUGAACUCGCUCGCUCGCGACGACAAAAGUUCGCCUCAUGUGAGGGAAGCAUCGUUUAUCAUCCUGCCGUAUCUCGUCCACUUUGAAGCUGUCAGUGACUUUUUUGCCGAAAACUUGGGCCCGCGUUUCGACACAUCGCCAGUGUGGGCUAUGUUCCUCCUCGUCACAAAGCUCGCCUCCGAAAUGCCUUAUCCUGAGGCAUUCAGGCAGAUAGCCGUCAUGAUAAAGCGGAUCGGCCAGAAGAUUGACCUGUUCAACGAGUACAGCAAGGGUGAGGAUGUAAAGCCUAAGCAGAUGAAUGAAGCUGCGCUGGACAUCCAGAUUGAACUGGCUGGUUUCUUCAGCACGGUUAUCCGCUUUUUCCGGCAUGAGGGAACGUCGGAUCCGUCCGCAACCACCUGGGAUAAGGCUCACGGUAACAGCUGGAAUGGGACCAUCACAAAAGCCUAUAAUCUGUCACAAGCCAGCAUGACCGAGAUAUUUCAGAGAAUCGAAAAACUGGCUCUCUUCGCCACCAAGAGAACCAGGGCCGAGGAUCUCCGGAGCCAAGAGGCACUCCUGGCGCCGCCGUCGGAAGCGGUCAGCGAAGAGCCCAAGAAACGUUGCAUCAUGAUUCCCAGGGCCGGAAAUGACUUCUUUUUUGACCGAGACGGAAUCAUUGACAAGAUUGACGAGGCGUUUUAUCCGACGUCGGGGCAGCCAAAGGUAACUUCCCUUCUGCUACACGGCAUAGGCGGUGUGGGGAAGAGCUAUGUGGCCAUGAAAUACGCCCGACACAAGACAGAUCAUCACAUCUUGUUUCUCAUAGCCGAAAGCAAGGGAUCACUGGCACAGAGUAUCACAGAUGCUGCUGUCAUGCUUGAUCUGCCACGGGCCGCCAUAGACAAGGACGAGAUGAACCGCAUCAUCCUGUUCAGAUGGUUUCAGGAGACUAAAGAUCCAUGGCUCCUGAUAUUCGACAAUGCGGAAAGUAAAGACCUACUCCUCAAGUACUGGCCGCCUAGCUUUACAACAGGCAGGAUCCUGAUUACCUCGCGGAACAGAAAUCUGCAGUUCGCUCCGGCAGAUAAGGGAAUUGAAGUUCCACCAUUCGACCCUACUUCUGGCCAGCAGUUGUUGCUGGAGCUUGUACGAGCCGAUGUUAUCCAAGACGCCAAUGAGGCUCGGUAUGCACUGGAGCUCUCCCAGCAGUUGGACGGCCAUGCUUUGGCCCUUUCGUUCGUCGGCGGCUUGGUCAACACCAAUAGCUGGUCCAUACACGAGUUUCUUGUCGAGUACGAGAGAAAUAAGCGUGCAGUCCAUAAGCUGGAUCGUCUCGGUUCACUUUGGGCCAUCUGGAAAGUGGCGUUCGCCUCUCUCCGCGAGCCCAGUUCGACUAUUCUUGGAAUUUUGGCCUACAUUAACCCAGACUCCAUCCCAGAGGUCAUAUUUACGCAAGCCAAGGAGAAGUCCCUACCAGCGUGCCUGAAAUGCUGCUCUGGCAGCGCGUUUGCCUUGUCCGGCAUUGUCGAGGACCUAAUCACCCUGGCGCUAGUCAAGAAGGACGGGACAAGCAGGGCCUUCUCGCUCCAUCGCCUUGUGCAGACGCAGUUUCGAUACUACUUGGACAGUACCCGACGCCAGGAAGCCUUCGACAACACCGUCAAGCUCCUGUUCGACGGGUUUGGCACCUUCCAGGGUCAGUUUUACGACAAAUGGAAGAACUGCCAGAUGUACAUCCAGCAAAUCAUUUCGCUGAAGAACCAUUUCAAUGCGGAGCGAGAGGAAAAAGAGCGAGAGGGAGGUAAUGAAGAGGAGUAUGUCAAACCGACUGUGCGCUUCUGUUGGCUGUUCACAAAUGCAGCACGUUUUCUCCUCGAAACGGCCAACUACGCCGAGCUCGAAGACGUUUUAUCCGUCGCAGGGCGGGCAUUCAAUCUACUCACCGAGGCGGAGAAGCAACAGGGCGUGCCAGUCCGGUGUUCCAUCCUUAGCAACACCGGCCUGCUCCAUGCGCACAGGGGCUUUUUCGACCUGAGUCUUCCCAAGAUUGAAGAGUGCUACAAGUUCCGGUGCGAGAUGAAGGAACAAGACUGGGCAAAACUCAGCUGGAUCGAAGUGGCCAUGGGCAACGUCCUGUCGUCUGCCGGAAAGUUCGAGGAUGGGCUCAAAUGGCAGCUCAAGGCCGAGGAAACGAGGAGGAAGGUCGCCAAUGACGUAGACGACGUCAAGUCGACCGCAGUAAUCCACCAAAAUAUUGGACGGUGUCAUGCUCUCCUUGGCCAGUUCGACGAGGCGGACCAGCGCCUCCAGCUGGCCAAGAAGGAAUUCGAGGGAUCAAAGAACUGGGGCAUGUUGGCAUACACGCUGUUCGCCCUAGCCAACAUCGAGAGACGCAGGAACAAGCACACAGCCGCGAAGGAAGGCUACGAGAAGGCACGGAGCAUAUGGGUAUCCGGCGGCCAGCUAGAGACCCACCAGUUCAACGGUGCGUGCAUGUACAAGCUAGGCUGCGUGUGUGACGAUGUUGGAGACAUCGAAAAUGCCGUAAAACACUUACGCGAUGCCCUAAUUGUGGCCAAAUUAAACGAGGAGGCUAUGCCGGGAGAUUACGCGCGCGUCCUGCACAAGCUGUCUCAGGUCCUGGCCAAGAAUCCCGGCACGGAGGUGGAGGCGACGGAGAAGGCCGUGGAAGCCCUGCGAGUCAGGAUGGGCAGAAAACUGAGCAUCCAGAGCAGCAAAUCGAACGAGUCGGAGUGGUCGAUUGUAACCCCUAAGACAGUGGCCACCGAGAGCUGGACGGAGGUUCCAACCGCUCCGGAGUGGUCGGGAGAGGACUCUGAAGAGACGUACGAUGGGCUCGUUUAUGUCCUCUGGCGAUGAUGGUAUUGUACCUAUCUUUUCGCCACUAGCUGCGAGGAUUUGUGAAUGAUUCGGCAAGCUACAUCUUGACGCCGUAGUUCUUCUUGACUAAUACAUGAUGUCAAUUUC